AUGGCCGGCGUCGAGGCGAAGCCAGCUGACGCGACCGACGAGGACGCGGCCGCCGCUCGCGACGACGACCCGCUAGUGGCGCGCCUGCCGGACGACGUGCUCGCCCACGUCCUCCGCCGCGUCCCGCCGCGCUGGCUCGCGGCCUCGCGCUGCGUCUGCCCGGACUGGCGCGACGCCGUCGACGGCCGCGGCCUGCUGCUUACCGACCUGCUCCCGCUCUCCUUCGCCGGCCUCUUCAUCCACUUCAACGAGCACAAGUUCCCGGAGUUCUUCGCCCGCCCAUCCUCCUCCUCCUCCGCGCGGGCGGUCAGCGGCGACCUUAGCUUCCUGCCGUCCAGCAGCCCCGACUGCGGCCACUGGUGGGACGAGGCGGACGACUUCCGCGACUACCGCAUCAAGGAUCACUGCAACGGCCUCCUCCUACUCAGCAGCAACUACGUGGUCAAUCCCGCUACGCGACGCUGGAACGCUCUGCCGACGUGCCCGGCCAAGGAAGCCGCCGACGACGCGCGGUACCAUGGCCUUCUAGCCUACGAUCCGAUGGUAUCACCUGAUGAAUACCAGGUUGUCAUGAAUAUCACUGUCUACCAAUACAUACAGUGUAAUUAAACCACCUGCGGGUAUCACAGAGAAGGAGUACUACACACAUGUUCAGGUUGUAAGAUCAGAAAAGGGGGUGUACCUUGUGGAGCUUGAUAAGCAUUAUGAUGAUAAGUGCUGCCUUCGAGUUUGGAUACUCGAUGAAUCGUGUGGUCACAUGAAGUGGAUUCUGAAGCAUGACAAAGACCUCGAGCCCCUGCUAGGUCACCGCGUUUACCGACGAGCUCACUGGACCUUAGAAGAUAUUAACUACAAAUUAUUCCUUUCUUCUGGAUUUCAAGAAGAAAACAAGAAAGCAACGAGUGAAGAGAAAUUUGAAUGGAACUCUGACAGUGAUGAGUAUGAAAACAUGGUUGACCAUUGUUAUUUAGAAGACAAGAAGAAAUCAGUAGUUGGAAAGGAAUUGGAAUGGAACUCCAGCACUCAUAAUGUUUUUAUGGAUGAAGAUAUGGUUGAACAGUGCUACUUGGGUGAAGAGUAUUACGAUAAUAUAUAUCAUGAAGACAUCAAGAUACUUGGGUUUCACCCAUAUAAAGAGGUUGUCUUCUUGAGUGCAUCGGAGCGGACUGGACUGGCAUAUCAUUUGAACGGCUCCAAGAUUGAAAGCUUAGGAAAUAUAGACCCAGAGGACUAUAUACAUUUCAAAUCGAUACCUAAUGAACUGGAGAAAAUCAAAUCUUUCCCAUACACACCAUGUUGGAUUGAAGAGUUCCCUGGAAACAAUUAGUCUAGAAGUUCAUUUCAUAUAGGAGCUUGCAAACUAUUUCAGCAAUGCGAGAAAUGGAUUGCAGACAA